CAACUUUUUAAAUCCCCAUCACAUUUUUUUAAAAUUUCUUUUUAUCUCAUUAAUAAAAAAUUCUACAGUUUUUAUCACUUUCUAAACAAAUGAAGCUCUUCAUUAUUUUGCUUUUGCCGCAAUGACCAGCAGUGCUUUGGCCGUUGCUGUAAACACGCCGUCGACCGCCAAUCCCCUUAAGCCUGCAUGCCCGAGCGACGAUUCCAACUGGCACCCCUGCUGGAGAACUAAAUGCAUGAGAGGCUAUAAAUGCGUAGAGAAGCAAGUGAUGUGUUUUACUCAACCGUGCUAUCCUGUGGCAGAAUGCGUCGAGGAUAAUCAACAAGCAUUGUAAAUAUCCGAGGAUAAGAGUUUAUAACACUUGAUUGCUUUUAAUAAAACUUUUUACCAUAUUGCAAUUUUUUUAUCAAGAAAAUGCUGUUUUUUAGCUCCAUUUUCUAUAUUUUUUUAUUAUUUUUCUUGAUUUUGCUUGAAUAAAAUUUUUUAUUUUUGGA